CCCAGAGAAUACUACACUUUGGAUUCUAUCUUGUUCCUGCUCAAUAAUGUGCACCUUUCACAUCCUGUUUAUGUCCGCCGUGCUGCAACUGAAAACAUUCCUGUGGUAAGAAGACCUGAUAGGAAAGACUUGCUUGCAUACCUAAAUGGGGAAACAUCAACCUCAUCAAGCAUAGACAGAAGUGCUCCACUUGAAAUUGGUCUUCAACGGUCCACUCAAGUUAAAAGAGCAGCAGAUGAAAUACUAGCAGAAGCAAAGAAACCAAGAAUAGAGGAUGAAGAGUGUGUGCGCCUUGACAAGGAGCGGUUGGCAGCUCGGUUGGAAGGGCAUAAAGAAGGUAUCGUGCAAACGGAGCAGAUCAGGUCCUUGUCUGAAGCCAUGUCAGUGGAAAAAAUUGCUGCUAUCAAAGCAAAAAUCAUGGCAAAGAAAAGAUCUACUAUCAAAACUGAUCUGGAUGAUGACAUAACUGCUCUUAAACAGAGAAGUUUUGUUGAUGCUGAAGUGGAUGUAACCAGAGAUAUUGUCAGCAGGGAGAGAGUAUGGAGGACAAGAACUACAAUCUUACAAAGCACUGGCAAGAACUUUGCCAAGAAUAUUUUUGCAAUCCUUCAAUCAGUAAAAGCCAGAGAAGAAGGCCGAGCACCUGAGCAAAGACCUGCACCGAAUACAGCACCAACGGAUCCCACUCUACGAAAUAAGCAACCUAUUCCAGCUGCCUACAACAGAUACGACCAGGAAAGAUUCAAAGGCAAAGAGGAAACGGAAGGCUUUAAAAUUGAUACCAUGGGCACCUAUCAUGGAAUGACUCUGAAGUCUGUAACGGAAGGUGCUUCUGCUCGAAAAACACAAACUCCAGCAGCACAGCCCGUACCACGACCAGUUUCUCAAGCAAGACCACCUCCAAACCAGAAAAAAGGAUCUCGAACUCCCAUAAUCAUUAUUCCAGCAGCAACGACCUCUUUAAUAACAAUGCUUAAUGCAAAGGACCUUCUGCAAGAUCUGAAGUUUGUACCAUCGGAUGAAAAGAAGAAACAAGGCUGUCAACGAGAGAAUGAAACUUUAAUACAGAGAAGGAAGGACCAGAUGCAGCCUGGGGGAACUACAGUUAGUGUUACUGUACCUUAUCGAGUAGUAGACCAACCUCUGAAACUUAUGCCACAAGACUGGGAUCGUGUGGUGGCAGUGUUUGUACAGGGUCCUGCUUGGCAGUUCAAAGGCUGGCCUUGGCUCUUGCCUGACGGAUCUCCUGUUGAUAUCUUUGCUAAAAUUAAAGCUUUUCAUCUCAAAUAUGACGAAGUACGUCUGGAUCCAAAUGUACAGAAAUGGGAUGUAACAGUGUUAGAACUAAGCUACCACAAAAGACACUUGGACAGGCCAGUAUUUCUACGCUUCUGGGAAACUUUGGACAGGUAUAUGGUAAAGCACAAAUCUCACUUGAGAUUCUGAAUCCUUCAGCUGCCAUUUAUUUCCUGAAGUAUGGAUUGAGAAAAAAUGAAAGGGGCUCCAAUUUGGAGACCAGAGCUCACACUAUAUGAUGUGUCAAGAACUUUACAAAUGAAGAAGGGUCACAGUUUAAACUUUUUAUAAAAUCUUGUUUGGAUGCUUCAUGCUAUGGCAGGUUGAUACCUGUUGUUAUUCAGAAGCAAAGGGGUUUUGCUUAAAACUAUUUUUUUAAUGUUGUUAGCCUUCUAGUCUGCAAUCCAAAUUGUAUAUUUUGAUAGCAGCAGUUUCUUCUCUGUUUUGUUAAAUUAGCCACAUUUUCAAAUAAUGUGUUUUGUUCCUUAUUAGAAAAUAGAUUGAUCUUCACUGCAGGUUACAAAUGUGUGUGCGUGUGCGCAUGUGCGCACAUGUGUGUGUAUAUAUAUGUGUGUGUCUAUAUAUAUAAUGUAUAAAAAAAAAAAUUAGACACACUUACGCACACAUAGGUGUUACCAGGCUUUCUAAACCACUUAGCUUCUGAGCUUAGUUUUGGUUUUCUUUGCUUAUUGUUUCACUUAUUGAAGAUAUCUGGUUGUGAAUGAUACAACGUUUUAGUCAAUAGGACUUGCAAACUAAGCAAAGUGAAAAUUGUUUUGGAUAAAUCAAAAUGUCAACCUGUAUCUGUAUAUUCCAUCAGUCUUUGUUGAAAAAGGGAAGAUGAAAAAAUCUAGAAACACUUUUUUCAAUUUGUAAUGUCCCAGUUUACUAAAUCUUUAAACUUUAUUAUAGGAAUACCUUCAAGUCAUGUUAACUUUAAAUUGCCAUUCUCCACACAGGUGUCUCUAUUUAAACUGAAAGUGUGCAUGUGUACAUUCCCAUAUCAAAAUACCUUUACACGAGUCUAAAUGUUACCUACAUUAAACAAUGACUAGAGGAGG